AUGUUCUCCUCUCUCCUACAGAAAGCCACAGCCUUCAUAACAGAUGUCCCUCCUGCGUCACCAACCUCCCCAACUUCUUCCAGGCCGACAAAAACCACUCUCUUUCGCAACCACUUUCGUCUUCCCGAUUCGCAAGCACCACUACAAGAGAUAACUUGUGAGCUUACACUUCCGUCUGGUGACCACUAUGCUGGCAAACUCUACCUCUCCGAGAGCUUUCUCUGCCUUUCCCCGAACCCUCCGAGCUCUUCUUCGACGGCCUCCGCGACCGCCGGCAUUGGCUUCACCCUUCCACUAUGUGCUAUCCGUCGGGUUGAGCGGUUGCAUUCAAGGAGCUACAUGUUUGCUCUGGCUAUUACCACCUGGCAUGGGGUGGCCACCUCCGCCCCACCACCCGGGGGGAAGGAGGAACGGGUGACGUUGCAAUUUGUGGGCAUGAGGAGCUCAUGCGAAGCAUUUUGUGACAGGCUCAAACGUGGUUUGAGGUCCCAGAUGGGUGAGGUCAAGAGCCUGAGGAUUCUUGUUGAUAGCUGCUACAGUGAAUACCUGCUGGGCAACAGUGGCGGCUAUGAUGGCGUGAAAAGGAGCACAGACGGUGUCGGUGCCGACGAUGGUAGGAAGAAGGAUAAGGAUCCGCCCGAUGCUGGCUUGGGAAUGAUUUUCAAAUAUCCCGGUGAUACAAGAAAGUUGAGAGAUAGGAGCAAGAUGAGACUCUGGGCAGAGUAUUUAAGAGGUAUACCACUUCGAAAUCUGCAGGCACUUAGCACGGUAUUUUCAAGCUAACUUUGCUUUAGAGAACGGUCGGAACGUAACGCUCGUUAGACAGCCUACAUUUCAUAAGCUUAUUAGAGUGGGCCUGCCGAAUGUAAGUUUUGUUCACCGGCAUUGCACCGUGUGACUAGGCACUAACGCUCGCACAGCGGUUACGGGGCGAAAUAUGGGAAUUAUCUUCUGGCUCCAUGUACCUGCGGCUUUUUAAUCCAACCAUGUACCGGGAUAUCCUCCACGAAUAUGAUGGCCGGCAUUCGCACUCGAUAGAAGAAAUUGAGAAGGAUCUUAAUCGUUCCUUGCCAGAGUACCGCGGAUUCCAGGACGAUGAAGGUAUUUCUAGGCUGAGGCGCGUGCUUGGAGCCUACUCAUGGCGGAACGAGGAAGUCGGGUACUGUCAGGCAAUGAAUAUUGUUACAGCUGCACUGUUGAUGUAUAUCUGCCCUGUCACGUCACUAACUAUUAUAGCGCUGAGUUUCUAACAUUGGGAAUAGAUACAUGUCUGAGGAACAGGCAUUUUUUCUCCUCUCGGCCCUCUGCGACCGCUUAGUCCCAGGAUACUACUCAAAGACAAUGUACGGAACUCUCCUAGAUCAAAGGGUCUUUGAAUCAUUGGUAGAGAAAACUAUGCCAAUCCUUUGGGAGCAUCUUGUCAAAUCCGAUGUUCAGCUUUCAGUCGUAUCAUUGCCUUGGUUUCUUUCCCUUUACAUCAAUUCCAUGCCCCUGGUAUUUGCUUUCCGUGUUCUGGAUGUAUUCUUCCUGGAGGGUCCGAAGGUCUUAUUUCAGGUCGGUUUAGCAAUACUACGAAUCAAUGGGGAAGAACUUCUCGAUGCCACCGAUGAUGGUGCUUUUAUCUCUGUCCUUAAGAGUUAUUUCUCACGCCUAGAUGAAUCAGCGCACCCCAGAUCUGAGAACGAUAAAUUGCGGGCUGUCACCAGGUUCCAGGAAUUAAUGGUAGUGGCGUUCAAGGAGUUCGCAGGAAUUACACAGAACACAGUAAUUGAGCAAAGAAACAAGCAUAAAGAUGCGGUUUUAUCCUCGAUAGAGAGCUUCGCAAAAAGAACUCAGCUAAGAAAUCUUGGUCCCGAUAGUAAGCGUCUGACUCCCGAGGAAUUAGGCUGCACUUACGACCGGUAUUUCGGGGUAUUGUACGAGCGCCAAGGAAGGCUACAAAUGAUCGCGGAUGAGAUGGAGAAAUUGGCCACAAAAAAGAGAGCUGCUGCGGGAAGUGGUGUAGGUGGGAACGGAGGCGAAAGAGGAAGAGUAGGGUUGGGACCAACCACUGGGGUAACGGGAAUGGAUUAUGACUGUUUCCGAGAGUUCCUAACCGGGAUUGCCAAAUGGGCGGUUGCUGACUCGGUCUUGAGCGCUCCGGCUGAACCCGCACAACCAGAGCAGCCCGGCUUUUUUGGUUCAUAUGGAGGUACUGCUGCUGCCUCACAGUGGAAAAAUCUGCUCAACCCUUGGGGCGCAGGGAAUCCUGAACCUGCCGAUCACGAGUUCAUGAAACGGAUGUUCCGGCGCUGGGAUACUGACAUGAAGAAUCAACUGAGCCUCGGAAAUGUGGUCAGCGGCCUGGCGAGCGUUGUUGGUGGAAAGAGGGAUAUUAUGGGCAAUAUUAAUUACUGGUUUGAACUCUAUGAUGACGACGGAGACGGGAAAGUCGACAGAGAAGGUAUCUUAAGGAUUACUGAGGCUCUUCUAUUUGUCACAAGACGCGGUGAUAUAGGCAGGAGUGAGAGUGAAAGUGACGAAGCAGAGUGGGGGGAUGAGAGGAUUUUGAGCGCAGUCAGUGGAUUCACUAGAAUGUGCUUUGAGUACGCGGACCCGGAUCGACCAGAGGAAGAGGGGGAUGUAAAAGAAGCGGGUAAAGACGAGGACGAAGACGACCUCCUAGAGCUAAUCGCUUCCUCCUCGGACGAAGAUCCACUGAACACUCCCGAAACCGUUAGUCCCGGCGAAAGAAGUCCCACAACACCCGUUCCCAAAGACAACGCGAAAGCCAACUUAGCCCUAGAUCCUUCAAAUCCACUUCAUAUUACCCUCCCUACUUUCCGGAUGGUCAUACUUGCCGACGAAGUUCUCGAACGUUUCUUCGAGCGUGGCUUCGCCGAGAGCUUCAGGCUAAUACCUGGAAGCGAGCCGCAGGCUACCUUAGCGAAUCCGCGACUCAUGGCCCGAAUGCCCACCACACCACUCACCCCCGGAAAUGCCAAGGGGCUUAGAGGUGUACUCGAUGGAAUUGUGGAUGAGGGAAUGAGAGUUGCGGCGGAAGUAAGGAGAAGAAUGGAAGAGAUGGAUGACAACAGAGAAGAGGAAGGAGAGGAGGGUGAGGCGGCAGACGCAAAGAGCAUCAGAGAGGGCGAUCGAGACCUUCUCAAGGGGGCAGAAGCAGACAUUCAAGAAGGCCAAGGGCAGGCAGAUGAAUUACAUGUUGAGAAGGGAGGGGGAAACAAGGGAGAAGGGAGAAGUAGAAGCGUCAGCUAUGGCGAUCAAGCUAGUAGCGGAGUGGUAGAAUUUGAAAGUUAAAGAUCUGUGAGGUUUCGACCGCAAAAUAGUGGAGGGAGUUGGGUGUGCAUUUGACAUUAUCUUCUUUGCUGUCUCUUUACCAUCCUCAUAGUUGUUUACUUUGUCCACCACUUUUGUACGAGUUUCUAGGAAGAAAAUUUUAAACAAAGGUGCAGCAAAUACGAUCUGAUCAGCAGACAUCGUUCCCUUUCCCCCUCCCUCUGCCCUUCUCUCUUCCCGGUAAUAC